GCUAUGAGAAGACAGAUGAUGUUUCAGAGAAAACUUCUCUAGCUGAUCAAGAGGAACUGAGAACUAUAUUCAUCAAUCAGCCCCAGCUAACCAAAUUCUGCAAUAACCAUGUCAGCACUGCAAAGUACAACAUAAUCACGUUCCUGCCAAGGUUCCUUUAUUCCCAGUUCAGAAGAGCUGCUAAUGCGUUUUUUCUUUUUAUUGCAUUACUUCAGCAAAUACCAGAUGUAUCACCAACCGGCCGUUACACAACAUUGGUUCCCCUCUUAUUUAUUUUAGCUGUUGCUGCAGUGAAGGAGAUAAUAGAGGAUAUU